AUGGGAAAGAAGGAUAAAAAAGGACCAAAAGCUAAUGUAUUUAAGGUCGCACGAGCUAAAAGUUUAAAAAAAUCUAAGGCAAAAGCAGUUAACUUGGGGUUAAAAAAUAUGAAAGUAAAAAUUGGUGAAAUUGAUAAACAAUUCUUGGAAUUAAAGAAAAAUGUGCAACAAAACACAUCCAAUCCUAAAAAUAAAAUCGAUGUACCCCAGAAACGGACAGAGAAGAAUGUUACAAAGGAGGAAGUGUCAAAAACUGCUGAAGAAAUUGUAAAAAUGGAUUUAUAG